AUGAAUGAUAAUAAUAAUAAUGAUGAAGAUGAUGAUUUUCCUUUCAAUGGUUUAUUUUCUCCUAUUGAAAAAAUUUUUGCUGAUUUUGAUCGAUUUUUUUCUGGUACACCAUUUGUAUUUUCAAUCCCAACAGAAGAGUUUAAUAAUGAAAAUUCUCAAUCAUCAACAAAUUUAAGAGAUGAAGUCCUUAAACAAGAUGAUCAUUAUGGUGAUGAAAAUCUUGAUUCAACUAUUGAACAACAUGGUUUUGAUGGAGCAUUUCCAAAAACAUUUUCAAGUACAUCAAUGAUGACAACUAUGCAACGAGAAACAACACCAUCAGGAAAAUGUGUUAUUGAAAAAAAAAUUCAACAUUCAUCAAAUCAAAAUGAAAAUACUAAAACUGAAACAAUUACAAAAAUAUGUGGAGAUAAACAUCAUACAUCUAUAAAACAAGAUGGAAAAAUAAUUCGUGAAUAUGGAAAUUCAACAAUUGAUGAAUUAAAUCAAAUUGAUACAUCACCGGAUGAUAAUGACAAUGAUAAUCAACCAAUUAUUAGCGGAAAUAGACAUUCAGAUUUUUUUAAAAAACUUUUUUCAUAA